UUUGAUACGCUUGUUGAUCCACAGUUGCAAAGGGAUUACAGACCCAACGAGAUGGCUCGUAUGGUUGCUUGUGCUGCUGCUUGUGUGCGUCAUUCAGCACGGUGUCGACCACAAAUGAGCCAAGUAGUGCGGGCCUUCGAAGGAGACGUAUCUUUGUCUGAUCUUAACGAAGGAAUCAAACCCGGACACAACACAGUCUACAGUUCUCGUGGCAUCUCAGACUAUGACACUAGCCAAUACAAUGAGGACAUGAAAAAAUUUAGGAAGAUGGUUUUGGGAACCAGAGAGGAUGGAAGCAACGAGAACAGUGCACUAACUAACGAAUAUGGAUUGUAUCCAUCUAGUUCGAGCAGCGGAGGCCAACAAACCACUAGAGAAAUGGAGACGGGAAAGAUGUGUGGGAGAUAAUUUCGAUAAUAAUCAAUUAAAGCAAAUAAAAAAAAUAAAGUAAACAACAAAAUUAAACCUUAUAGUAAUUCUAUAGAUAGUUUAUGAACAAAUUUGUGAUUGAGACUAGUGUAUGAACACUGUGUCUUUAAGACAUAAUUUCAUCUUC